UACAUCCAGGCAGAAACUGACAGAAUUUUACCCAAAUACUUCAUCAGUAAGAUGAACGACAAAAUAAAAAAAGAUCUCCAACAACUGCUCGACAAAUUAUGGUCUGAGCCAGAUCUCAAGGUCACCAUGAAGAACUCGGUGAAAGGAGGAAUUAAGACCGGAGGAUGUGCGGUUGUUGGUGGGCUGGUUGGUGGACCUCCGGGGUUUGCUGUGGGUGCAGCCAUCGGAGGCAUCUACAGCUGGAAGACCAGUGACGAUUUCAAGCCUCUGCCUCAGAUCCUGCGCGAGAUGCCUCCUGCUCAAUUGGACGAGCUCCUUAAAUCAGUCAUGGCUAUUUUAGUUCAUCUGAAAUGGGAAACUGUAGAGGGCCUCAUUGAUUAUGUGAUGAAAGACAUUCCUCUCAAGAAAGCAAUCAUUGAUGAGUUAAAGCGCAGGGUGAAAACUUUAACCUGAGAACAGGUGUGCCGUGAGUUCUGGCUGCCUGCAGACUUUUCAUGACAGUCAGGUCUCUGUGAAUAAAGAGGUUUCAUGUUGAACCCUGAAGCACACAGAGGAGAGAAAAUCUUUCUUCAUCUUUUUCAAAUAAAACAAACUGAU